AUGUCCUUGUGGUAUCAAUUUAUAUUUCCCGCCGGCCUGCUGCUUCUCGCGCACAGCUUCUUCCUCGCACUGCGCAUUCGUGAGCAGCUGCAGGAGCACCACCACGGCAGCAGUAGUGGCGUCAUGGCCUCCGCAUACUUCCCUGUAUCAUCCAGCACUGCUGGGGCCUUGGCACAUAUAAAUGCGUCCACUAUACCGAUUUUUGUAGAGCUGAUGAUCGGCGUUGUCGUCGCCAUUGUUGGCUUUGUGAAGCAGUCGAAAUUUAAACGCGCGCGCAUUAUUGACAAGAACUGCCAUCAGCGCUACGACGAUGUAAUUUUCACGGGGGUGGGGUUCAUGCACUUCAACCAUCGGGGGUCGGCGAUGGGGAGUCGCUCGGGUGAGGCUGAAAACGGGGACGCUUCCACUUUAGCCUCCAAGAAGAAGAUGUGA